AUGGAUAAAUCAAAACCUAAAGCAACAAAAAAGUUAGAAAAGAAUGCAAAUAAGAAAAAAAAUUCCAUGUUUAUUUCCGAUGUCAAGAAUAUGAAAGAAAAUCUAAAGAUCAAGGAAAUUUUGAGAAAUGUGAAAAUGAACAGUAGUAUGCGGAUUAAAGCACCACCGGGAAGCAAAGUUAUGGAUAACAAAGACUUUAAUGACAACAGUGAUGACUUUGAAGAAUCUACCAUAGAUGAAGGUCAAGAUCAAAUGCAGACAAAUGAAUCACCUAGUGCAACAAAUCGAGAUGUGGUAACUUCAUCUAACAUUUUUGAAAACGAAACUGAACAAAGCAAAAUAUCUCAAAUCAGGGAUGAUGAUAUCCAAAAUACUGACGAUAUAUUGGAAAAAACUACAGAGAAAAAAGAGAUAGUUGAUUUUAAUGAAACUACAAUAUUAGAAAAACCAAACGAUUGUUCUCAAUCAAAUACUUACGUCGAUUGUGUUCCUUCUGAUUAUGUAGUUGUGAACGUAAUCUCUACACCACAAAACUCCAAAGAAAUUGUGAACGUUAAGUUACGAGACAGAAAGUUAUCUUUGGAUCAAACUAUAUUGUGUGGGCGGGGUGGCUUAUCCCAAUCAGAGUUAGAUCUACACUCGAUUGGUAAAUCUCCGUUAGAACGUAAGUCUUCUUUCUUUCGAAAGAAAAUGGACAGUUUUCUAAAAAAUACGACGGAAAUAUUUAAAAGGCAGUCAAUUGGCGGAAAACCUCAACCAAUACAACGAAGAGGAUCUAUGUCGAUUUCCCUCCAGUCACUAAGUGGACAAUCUAGUCCUUGUAAUGGUCAUUAUAGAGAAAAUAUGUUACACAAUCAGCAGGAUUUACGAAAUAGUGCAACAAGUGUAUCCACAAUUGCAAGGAGCUUGUCUAUUGCCAGUAGCUUAUCCAUGAGUCCUGGUGAACAGCUUGAGCAGGACAGUCCCGCUGGUAGCCAGCCAUCACUGACUACGAGUCAACCACUUGGUGAUUACACAUCGAAUAGUGUACAUAGUUUAAAUGACACAUACAUUCAAGAUUCCCUGUUAAAAAAUCGAGCGAUAUCCAUGAGCUCUGGCUUGGAUGCCCCAAAUGGACGAUUAAGGAGAAAAGCAUCAAAAGCUAACAGAGUAACUUGGUUAGCGAGUGAAGGUCUUACGAAUUACUUCAAACGGGUCAUUCAAGACGAAAAAAGCAGAGAAAUGCAAAUGUGUCACUCUUAUCAGGACUUCUCUAGUAUACCUGAGAUUGAAUCUUAUGGACCGACCACCGAUAGCAAAGGCAGACGAUUAUCCUACCAAAGAGCAGUGUCAGGCGAGGAUCCAGUGCUGCCUGCGAGAUAUCAUGAUUCAACGCAACGGAGAAGGACUUUUAUACCAGAACAUCAAGAGGCCAACUAUGAGUUAAUUAAGAGACUAAACGACUUCACGAAGAAUGGUGUACCGACACUUCAGGGCUUCUGCGUUGCCACCAUACCCGACCAGGCGUUUGCUUAUCUUAUGUGGGCGGAGAGAAAGAAGAACCUGGAAGAAUUCUACAGUGAUAAAGUUAUACCUCCACACGAGGAAGCGCGCCAAGCAGUCAUCUGUGAGCUCGUAAACACCGAGGCCGACUACAUCAAACACAUAAUGUCUUUAGUCGAGGUAUUUAUGGCUGCAGCGCAUUCGCUUCAAGAUGGUGGUUUCAUUCUGGAUGUUGAUACGGAGCGUUUGUUCUCAAACAUUCCAGAUGUACUGAAUGCCAGUCUACAUUUCUGGAAUGUAACCUUUUACCCUAUGUUGAUCGAUGCUGUAGAAAAUGGCGUGGUAUUCAACACGGAAUUGAUGGCUCCGGGAUUUUGUGAAUUCCGAGAACUUUUUAUGCCAUAUGAGAAAUAUGUUAAUGGACAAUCAAAGGCCAUAGAGUACUUACGCUCUCUAUCUAACAACUCUGAUUUUAUGACUUAUCUUUCUUGGUGCCAUAAGCAGAAGGAGUGUAAUCGACUUCAGCUAUCUGAUAUGUUAGUAAAACCAAUGCAACGUCUUACCAAAUACUCAUUAAUUCUACGCAGAAUUAUUGUCAACACCGACUUCGAACCGGAUCGAACAUCACUCAUUGCUAUGGAAACAUUUGCUAAAAACUACUUGUUGGAUAUUAACCGCGCCAUACGGCAGCGCGAAGAAUUAGAAAAACUUGAUGCAUUGGCCAACAGUGUCGAUACUUAUGAAAUUGAUUUCAAGGAUGAAGAUAUGGAUAGAUAUUUUAGAAUGUUUGCGCAAUUGAAUCUUAAAGCUCCCAUGGUUAACUGUUUACCAAGUCAUAGCAGAUGUCUUAUCUAUCAGGGUGAUCUGCGCUUUAAAGAUAAUGUGAAGGAGACUGAUGUUCGAGUGUUUCUCCUAACUGAUAUGCUGCUCAUUUGCAAGAAACUAUCUAAAGGCAGUACUUAUACUUACAAGAUGAUUAGGCCUAAAUACAUGGUGGACAAAAUGCAUCACUUCCCCAAGUUUAGCCGUAGCAAGGAACUGGUUGCUUUAAUAUUCGUUGUGGUCGAUGAUGUUAGCUCUUCUUACCAUUGCUUCACGUUAUCUGAGUCAUCUAAAGAAGAAAAACAUCAUGGUCCUAUUAAAAUGUGGGAGCACAAAGUAAAAGAAGCUAAACUGACUUACGAACUCGGCGUGUGGUUUACUAGGAAUCCUUCGCGCGAUCUCUCUGAAGUCGAAAUGGAUUCAUCGUCAGAUUAUGCUCUCAGUUUUGGUAGCAGCACCAGACCGGGUAAGGCAGGGUCUGAAGAGCUUAACAUUGAACGGGAGGCACGGGAGAGAGUGGCCGCCAUGUUGCACCGAAGUAUGGGAGCAUCUACAGAAUACGAGUUCUCUCAAGUAUCCAUGGCUACUGACUCCUUCGAUGUCGGCCAAGCCAUGGUCUCCGGUGAAGUAUCAAGUGGACGUGGUUUCCGUCAUCCCAUGCAUCGGACUUCCACUGGUGGUAGCUCACGCAACUCACGUUUGUCGAGUUUCCAACAAUCGACGAGUGCGGCUUCUCACGAUGAGCCUCAACCCGGACCCAGCCGAAUUGUUUUUCGUGCUGGUAGUUCCGUAGAGCAACAUGUCACCCCUCCGCAGCAUCAUGAUGAAGUUGUCACAUCAAUCACUGUGAACGUAGUAAGCGAGAGCGAAUCAGAGACCAUCGUACCCGCUCAACCACCGGUAAUUAUAUUUUAUAAACAAUUCAUUUACUACUAUUACAAUACGCACUAUUAUUAUAUACUAAAUAGUACGUCUAUGUAUAAGGGGAGAGAUAUUAUAUACUGA